UCGUCAAGACACAUACAAGCUUCCAGGAAAAACCAUGUAAAUUAAGAUAGCAUUUCUCUCAUCGUUUUCUUACUUGGUACUUCAUUUACAUAUAGUGACAUCUAUAAAUAUCCAUGGUGCCUAAACAGAUAUAUAAUUCAUAUCUUGGCUCUUCUGUCCUUAAUUGGUCUUUCUUUGAGCUUUAAUCCAAUGGCAAUUGUCAGAUCCCAAGAAACCUCCUCCCCCAAUUCUCAUUGUAGUUAUGAUGUGUUCUUGAGCUUUAGAGGUGAAGAUACUCGCAAGACAUUCACUGACCACCUCUACACAGCUUUAGUGCACGCUGGAUUUCGUACUUUCAGAGAUGACGAUGGGAUUGAAAGAGGGGAGAAUAUUAAGUUCGAAUUGAACAAAGCAAUUCAAGAGUCGAAGAUUUCAAUAGUUGUCUUCUCGAAGGACUAUGCAUCUUCAAGUUGGUGUCUCGAUGAACUUGUCAUGAUCCUCGAACGCAGGAGGACCGUUGGACAUGUAGUUCUACCUGUUUUCUAUCAUGUGGAUCCAUCUCAUGUGAGGAAGCAAAAGAAAAGUUUCAAAGAAGCAUUUACGAGGCAUGAAGAGAGAUUUCACGCAGAAGCGAGUGAAAGAAAAGUUGAAUGGAUGGGCAAAGUGAAAGAAUGGAAGGCAGCACUUAGAGAAGCUGCAGAUUUGGCAGGGAUGAACUUACAAAAUCAAACUGACGGACUUGAGUCAAAGUUUAUCCAGAAAAUUGUGAAAGUGGUUGGAGACAAACUAAGUCGCACAACCUUGGCUAUUGCCCCCCACCUGAUUGGAAUAUAUUCUCGAGCCAAAAACA